AGGUGGAUGAGUCAUUGUUCUGGGGCGGGGCUGGCGAGUUCAGUAUGCAGGCUGCCCCAAAAAGAGAACAAAACUGCUCUCAAUCACCACAGAAGCAUGGGGACCAAGAUGGAGACUUGUCAGGGACAAUUUCACUUGUUAUGACACAGUGCUGUAAAAGAAUAAAAGACACAGUUCAAAAAUUGGCCUCAGAUCAUAAAGACAUUCACAGCAGCGUUUCUCGAGUUGGAAAAGCCAUUGAUAAGAAUUUUGACUCUGACAUCAGCAGCGUGGGGAUAGAUGGAUGCUGGCAAGCUGACAGCCAGCGAAUUCUCAAUGAGGUGAUGGUAGAACAUUUUUUCCGCCAAGGGAUGCUGGAUGUCGCUGAGGAGCUCUGUCAGGAAUCUGGUCUUUCUAUAGACCAAAGUCAAAAAGAACCAUUUGUGGAGCUAAAUCGAAUAUUGGAAGCAUUAAAAGUUAGAGUUUUGAGACCUGCAUUAGAGUGGGCGGUAUCUAACCGAGAAAUGCUUAUGGCCCAGAAUAGCUCCUUGGAAUUUAAACUACACAGGCUCUACUUCAUUAGUUUACUGAUGGGUGGAACAGCAAAUCAGAGAGAGGCAUUGCAGUAUGCUAAAAACUUUCAGCCAUUUGCUGUAAACCAUCAGAAAGAUAUUCAGGUUUUGAUGGGCAGCCUGGUGUACCUGAGACAAGGUAUAGAAAACUCUCCAUAUGUUCAUCUACUAGAUGCAAACCAGUGGGCAGACAUCUGUGACAUCUUUACGAGGGACGCCUGUGCUCUCCUUGGUCUCUCAGUUGAAUCACCUCUCAGUGUUAGUUUUUCAGCAGGUUGUGUAGCAUUGCCAGCUUUAAUUAAUAUCAAAGCUGUGAUCGAGCAAAGACAGUGCACUGGAGUUUGGAACCAGAAAGAUGAAUUGCCGAUUGAAGUGGACCUUGGUAAAAAGUGCUGGUAUCACUCGAUAUUUGCCUGUCCCAUCCUUCGUCAGCAAACAACAGAUAAUAACCCACCUAUGAAACUGGUCUGUGGUCAUAUAAUAUCAAGAGACGCUCUGAAUAAAAUGUUUAAUGGCAGCAAAUUAAAAUGCCCCUAUUGUCCAAUGGAACAGAGUCCUGGAGAUGCCAAACAGAUAUUUUUCUGAAGAAAUCAUUCAAUAUUCAGUCUGUAAGGGACACUCUGAAUUAUGGGUGCAUUUCAGAAGAAUUGAAAAUACUUGUUCCAUUUUAUGCAGCAGACUGAGGACUUCUGCGUUUGCAUAAGCUAAUGCUACAGAAACUUUGCCAACAUUUAGUGUAUACAUGCAGAGUGGAAAUGCUACAGAAAUAAUAUUACCAUAGAGCUUUACUAUACUCUUGGUCUCCAUAUCUGAUCAAGUUACUACACCAGCAGUUGUCAUUCAAUGCAGGUUUUUGUACUUAAUUAUAUGGUGACUUUUUACUUUUUAAAACAGAAACCGAUCACCUCCUUCCUCCUCAAUAUGUUUAAUAUUCCUCCUGCUAUUCUUCUGUCAUUCUGUUGAUAACUGUCACCUUAGGGAAUGUUUGUGGAAAAAGUUUUAUUUCCUGUAAUGUGUACAUAAUUAAAAGUAAAUACUUCAGAAAACGUUUGAUAAUUGAAUUGUGGUUAUAAAACUUAAUUUUUUUCCUGGGAAAAAAAGCUGUGAUAUAUUCUGAGUUUUCUUUCAAACAUUUUUUCAAUUUUUACAUAGAACUCAAAGUAAGAGUGCAUAUAUAUAAAAUAUAUAAAUAUAUAGCCCUGAAGGGCUAAUUAUUAAAUUCCAUCACUAAUUUAUAAAGAUGGUGAAUGGAUAAAUUACUACUGGAAUGGAGUGGAACAGGCAAUCCUGUUCCUUUUGCUUUCACGAUCAAGAAAUGUUUGUGUAACAGAAUAUUCAAUAAAAUGGAGUUCUAAGUGGAAAUGCUUUUAGUCAAUGACACUUGCUCUUUGGCCUUUGUAGUCAUGUUCUUUGAACUUUGUAUUCAAGAUUAGGCUAUAAAUGUCAGUCAUGUUGCUGUAUAGUUUAAUAGACAUAGUGUGUUAUUUAUAAAUGGUUAUCAAA